AGCCUGUUUCUUUGCUGCUCAGACCGCUGGUCUCAGGAGGACAUGCUGACUCUGCUGGAGUGCAUGAAGAAUAACCUGCCCUCCAACGACGGGAGCAAGUUCAAAACCACCGAGUCCCACCUGGAUUGGGAGAAAGUGGCUUUCAAGGACUUCUCGGGCGAGAUGUGCAAGAUGAAGUGGAUGGAGAUUUCUAACGAGGUGAGGAAGUUUCGAACUCUCACAGAGCUUAUUAUGGACGCUGAAGAGCACGUGAAGAAUCCUUACAAGGGCAAAAAGCUCAAGAAACACCCUGACUUCCCCAAGAAGCCCCUGACUCCCUAUUUCCGCUUCUUCAUGGAGAAGCGGGCCAAAUAUGCCAAGCUUCACCCCGAAAUGAGCAACCUGGAUCUCACCAAGAUCUUGUCCAAGAAAUACAAGGAGCUUCCUGAGAAGAAAAAGAUGAAAUACAUCCAGGACUUCCAGCGAGAGAAGCAGGAAUUUGAGAGGAACCUAGCGAGGUUCAGGGAAGAUCACCCGGAUCUCAUCCAGAACGCCAAGAAAUCCGACGUCCCUGAAAAACCCAAAACCCCCCAGCAGUUGUGGUACAACCACGAGAAGAAGAUCUACUUGAAAGUGCGUCCAGAUGCCACCACGAAGGAGGUGAAAGAGUCGCUGGGCAAGCAGUGGUCUCAACUCUCGGAUAAAAAGAGGCUGAAAUGGAUUCAUAAGGCCCUGGAACAGCGGAAGGAGUACGAGGAGAUCAUGCGUGACUACAUCCAGAAGCACCCCGAGCUGAACAUCAGCGAGGAGGGCAUCACCCGCUCCACCCUCACUAAGGCCGAGCGCCAGCUCAAGGACAAGUUUGAUGGACGACCCACAAAACCACCUCCGAAUAGCUACUCCCUGUACUGUGCAGAGCUGAUGGCCAGCAUGAAAGACGUGCCCAGCACCGAGCGGAUGGUGCUGUGCAGCCAGCAGUGGAAACUGCUCUCCCAGAAGGAAAAGGACGCGUACCACAAAAAGUGUGAUCAGAAAAAGAAAGACUACGAGAUUGAGCUCCUCCGCUUCCUGGAGAGCCUGCCCGAGGAGGAGCAGCAGCGGGUGCUAGGUGAGGAGAAGAUGCUGGGCAGCAAUCGGAAAGGGGCGACAAGUCCUGCAUCCAAAAAGUCCUCACCAGAGACCGGCAAGGCCAGCUCAGAGAAGCCCAAACGGCCCAUCUCUGCCAUGUUCAUCUUCUCGGAGGAGAAGCGGAAGCAGCUGCAGGAGGAGCGGCCGGAGCUGUCAGAGAGUGAACUGACCCGGCUCCUGGCCCGCAUGUGGAACGACCUCUCCGAGAAGAAGAAGGCCAAGUACAAAGCGCGGGAGGCGGCGAUGAAGGCGCAGUCGGAGAAGAAGCACGGCUCAGAUAAAGAAGAGCGCGGGAAACUGCCUGAGUCUCCCAAGACGGCCGAGGAGAUCUGGCAACAGAGCGUCAUCGGGGACUACCUGGCUCGUUUCAAGAACGACCGGGGCAAAGCGCUGAAGGCCAUGGAGGCCACUUGGAACAACAUGGAGAAGAAGGAGAAGCUGAUGUGGAUCAAGAAAGCGGCGGAGGAUCAGAAGCGAUACGAGAGGGAGCUGAGCGAGAUGCGGGCCCCUCCAUGCUCCACCAACUCCGCCAAGAAAAUGAAGUUCCAGGGAGAGCCGAAGAAACCCCCCAUGAACGGUUACCAGAAAUUCUCCCAGGAGCUGCUGUCGAACGGGGAGCUGAACCACCUCCCGCUGAAGGAGCGGAUGGUGGAGAUCGGCAGCCGCUGGCAGCGCAUCUCCCAGGGCCAGAAGGACCACUACAAAAAGCUGGCGGAGGAGCAGCAGAAACAGUACAAGGUGCACCUCGACAUCUGGCUCAAGAGCCUCUCACCCCAGGAGCGAGCUGCCUACAAGGAACACACUUCCAACAAACGCAAGAGCAUAGGGAAGAUCCGGGGUCCCAACCCCAAGAUGAAGCCAACGAUGCAGUCCAAGUCGGUGAGUGCGCGACCGCCGUGCUCCGUGUCAGGGACACCCAGCACCCUCCUCCCUGGGGGGGGUGUCCCGGGGGCACCCAGACCUCUUGUUGGAGGUGUCCCCGGUGCUUUCUGCUGCCUGCCCUCUCCUUGAGACAAUCCACCAAAG